UUGGAUGAAUUUUCCCUGGCUUCUUUCAUCGAGCUUGCAUGGAUAACUGUCAGAUAAUUGGAAAGGGAGAAAUAACUAGCUAACUAAGUAUGGUGGAGAAUCGGUGUGACUUCGAACGCAGCGCUUGACCUUUAUUCGGACAGAGUGGCUCGAUCAGCUGAUGUCUCUCUUAGCCGGGUAGCUGCCAUUUUCAGGUCAAUCGAGGUAUCUUUCAAACUUGUCGCGAGCUUAAGAUGGCAAGCUGAAUAAUUAAAUGUACACUCUAUCGACAGCCCGAUAGGAUGGAAAUGGAGAGGAAUACGGCGUGUCUUCUACUCGGCGGUGGUAUAAUUUGAGUUAUAAUGGCUGAUUCUAGAGGGAUGGAAAGAGGUAGACUAAGGAUUACAUCAGAUUCCUCUCCUAGAGGCGCAUAUCCACAGCAGUACAUUCACCCUGGCACUCAGCAGGGCAUAGACAUUCAAGAGCUCGCCUCCAAGCGAGUCGACAUUCAGAAGAAACGCUUCUAUUUGGACGUAAAACAGAGUGCGCGGGGGCGAUUCCUCAAAAUUGCCGAGGUUUGGAUUGGGAGAGGCAGACAUGAUAACAUCCGAAAGAGCAAGCUGACACUCUCUAUGUCAAUGGCACCCGACCUGAGGUAUAGCCUUGGAGACUUCAUAGAUUAUUAUGCUCACAUUGGGCUGCGCGGUGGCCAGGUGCCACGACCGGAGGAGCAAAGCAAUGGCCAAGGCCGUCCGCAUGAACCUCGUAGAAGACAGCAGGAUCACGCACCACCAGUCUCUCCCACCGGUUCAGCAGUAUCGGAAGAGCAUACCCAUCGGGUACUGAAAAGUGAAUUAAUUGAGAGGGACAACCGCAAAUACUAUCUAGACUUGAAGGAGAAUCAACGGGGCAGGUUCCUGCGCAUCAGGCAGAUUGUCAGCAGAGGACAUGGUACCAUGGGAUACUACGGCCAGGGAAUAGAACAGACCAUAGUGUUGCCAGCACAAGGGCUUAUCGAAUUCAGAGAUGCACUCUCACAACUGAUAGAAGACUACGGCGAUGAAGACACUGAUGAACGUAGCAGAGUUGCCAGGAACCACGACGAAUCUCCCGAGCUUCCUGAGGCAGCAUCAUUUCGAGUUGACAAUAAGCGCUUCUAUUUCGACGUUGGUUCCAACAGGUACGGUGUAUUUUUAAAGAUAAGCGAGGUACGACAGCCAUACCGUAACACCAUCACUGUUCCUCUCAAAGCCUGGGCUAGAUUUGGAGAAAACUUCAUUAGGUACGAGGAGGAAAUGCGGCGGAUUUUCUCGUGUCACAAAGAGAAGAGGACAGAGGCGCGCGCAGAUAGUGAAGAACAAGAGGAUUGAUGACAGCGCACCAUGAUUUGAUUGAGGCUCCUGGAAAAAAGCGGAACAUGACAGUAACCUCUAGUUUAUACAAUAUCUUUUCAGAUAAUUUACCUCUUAAUCUGUACUGUACAAAACUGUACUUAGUUGUUCUAAUUUCGUUGAUCUCUAGGUCAGUUAAAGUCUGUCAGAAUGUGCAGGCCCAAGGCAACCUCACCGACGUAAGGAACCAAUAGGGACCACUUCAUGUUUAGACAUUUGGGCAUGUCUCAAACGGUAGAUAUUUGCUGUAGUAGAUAUUCCCACAAAAAUCAAUUUUUUGUCCCCAUUUAGAAAAACUGCUACUGAUGCGCCACCUGAUGGUUUUGAGAUAAUUUACCUGUCAAUUUUCAGGCAUGGUUGUCUAUAACCGUCAAUAACAAUGCACUGAGCGCACAGUGUGAUAGUUAAUUAUUCAAUUGGGAAUGAUUUGCCCACACUGAUAACCCGAUAUCAUACCAAUUCACAAUUGUCUAUAGGCUUCAAGCAGUCAUUUAUUGUGAGAUAGUGAAUAAUAUAUGAUGCAAGCAGAUAGUGAGUAAUAUGAUGUAAGCAGAUGUCAAUCAAGAGAAAUGUUGAUCAAUGGUGAAAGUCUAUAUGCCUUUGUUUCUCUGCUGCUAUUAAAAUAAUGUCCAAACCAAGAAUAGGCUAGUUCACAGGGGUUAGUAACAGACACUCUAACAGGUUAACAUUGCUGAUGAACAGUCUGUCCUUAGCCUUAACAAUCUGCUUAUGGUGGCUUGGUGUCUCCUAAAUGACUAAGCAACGCAAAGCCUUUUAUUAAACAAUUUGGAUACUUGAAAGAAAUAUAACUUUGCCCCUAAACCUUGGUCAAAUUCAUGGCAUUAUAGUUCACUUUAGCAAUUGUGAGUAAAUUUGCAGUACAGUUUUUUAUAUAUGGAAUUUAACCAUAGCUUGUGAAAUCAUGUGCAAUGUUUGAGCUGAGCAUUUUUGCCCAUGCUCUCAAUUUAGCUAAAAGCCAAUGGAAAAAACCUUUCUCAGAAGAUUUUACAUUUCUUUCGUGAAUCAUGUAUAAAAAUUAUGAUCCAUACAUGUGCAGCUUCAUUCAAGCAGCGGGUUUUAAAAAAAGAAAAUGAUGCAAAACUGGAACAAUGAAGCUUUUUGAUUUGCUGUGCAUACAAUAUAGUUGUAGUUGCAUUACCGAAUUCCUACUUUAACUGAAGCUGUUGAUUUUUAUACCGUUAUAGGCUAAUUUCAAGCAGCCACCAUUACCCUCAGCGACACCACAACAAAACAAGGCCUUCCAAGUAAUAAGUCAAUGGGCAUCAUUCAGAUGCUAGGUUUUACAGUGCUUAAGCAAGUCCUGGGGGACAUUAUACAAUGACUAAAAUAUUGAGUGCUUUUCACAAGGUUUGGCAGUUAUUCUGUUAAUUCACAAAGAUGACAAUUUUCAUUGGACAAAUCGUAUAUCAAUAACACAGUGAAUGCAAGGCCCCUAUUAUAUAGUUUGACCUAUUUGAAAAUAAUGGCAAGUUUCAGUUAGGCUAUUAACAUGUUCUGGGAUAUCCAGUGUAUGUGUGAAUGAGUGGUAGAGAAAGUUGAAACAUCAGGUAGAUAACAACAAGAGACAGCUGAAUCAUACACACAUAAACACACAGAGCUGUGUCUAUAGCGACAAAAUGGAUUUUUGAUCUGUGAUUGUGAUUCAGCAAACAUUUAUGAUUCCCAUCGCUAUCACAGUCAGUUCUUCCUCUUUUUUUUUGUUGAAUUUUCUGAAAUUGGGAAGAUAAUUUUGAAGAUCACUACAGACAUAUUUUACAUUUAUAAAGGAAUACUGGUUUGUUUCGUCUACCAAUACACAUAAAUGUACAUUUUAUCAUGACAGUGAUAUUUAUGGGUGGUAGUACACACAAACACUCAGCCUGAUUUAUAUAUAGAUUCUAUUAAGGGCUUCAAUGCACUCAGUAGUUUUGUAAAAGGGCAUUACAUUCUACCUGAUUCCUCUGUUCUACAGAGCGAUGCAUUUUUAGUCCACAUUUUUUUGUAGCAUUGAUUGCAUCUGCUAUGAAAAAAAAAAAAAAACAGAUGAAUUAAGUGCUCUGGAGAGAAAUGUGCAUUGACCUCAGCUCUUAUCAUCUUUACAAGUAUAUAUAUAACUUUUUCAUGCUGUUGUCAAUGUUAAGUCCAAGUUGGUUUCCAAUUUUUGAAAAUGUGAUACUGUAAAGAGUGACCUUCCUGUGUUGUAGCUCUAUGUUUGUCCACAUGGAUUGCUAACAGAAAAUCGAGGAUAAGGAUCCACAUGUUGCUUUACAUACUUUACUUUGAAUUUGGCCGUGGCAGCCUCUGGUAGGGGUAGUAUUUGAAAUUCAUAUCCGUUUUAACCAUCAACUCAAACACCAUGUGGAAAACAGUUGCAUGAGAAGCACAAGAUAUACUUGUGAGGUCACUGAGAGAGCACGGAUUCUUGUUCAUUUGAGAGUUUUGUAAGAAAAGAAAAAAAGAGAAGUAAUGACAAAUAUGCUUAUAGAAAAUGCAGACACCAAACGCCAUUUGAAUACUUUUUAAAGCACAAAUAUUCCCCCAGAUAUCAGAGAAAAAAAUAUAAUUUUCUUUUCUUUAUUAAUUUCUAUACUAACAGGUUUGUGGAAAUGGUGUGGUGCAUACACUGAUAACAUGUCAAUGUCUGUCUGAGAAAUAAUCACUUUGUGCUUCUAUUAUCAAAAGAGAGCGACUACUUUCAACGUCAUUCAAUAAUAUUUAAUAUUUAUGACACAUUCCUCUUAAUGUUUUAAAUCAAUCCAUACUAUUUUGCUUUUCUGUCUUUUACAGAAUUUGUGUAUGCACACAGGCCAUGUUCACACCAGUUAAUUUAAGUCUGCACCUGAAAUAUGCUAUAAAUAUAAUUCCCAGAGGUUGAACAGCACUUCCAAGAGGAAGCACUUUAAGAGCACUUUCUUUCCAUCUUUGAUGGCUUUACUUUGAAUAGGGUGCCAACAGAAGCCCGUUAACAGACAAUCCUGUUCUUUGUCGGCCAGGCCACAUAUAUUUAAUUUCAACACAGAACACCCAUAUUGCCAAGUAAAAUCACGUAUAGCAGCACCUCAAGUUAAGCUGACUCACGUCUUGGUGCUAUUGAGUGUCGUUCAGCCUCUUUAACAGAGUGUGACAGCACGAGACAAGAGGAAAUUAGAGUUCCCUAUACUACACAAAAAAAGACAAAACAAAAAAUGACGCCUGUACAUCUAAAAUGGAGGUCCGUCUAUAAAAUUGGACCACACAGUGCAAUCUAGACUAUGGCUGUGCAUACUUACUUAUUUUUGUAAUAAGGGCUGCUCCAGUAGCUAUGCCUUCUUCAUAGAGCAGAUUGCUACCUUAUAGCGUUGUCAUAUACCAAUGGGUUACUUAAAUGACUUGAGUGUUGAAGCUCUGUGAAACUAUGGAAAACAAUCUAUAUAUAUUCUUAUUUAGUCAUAAAAAAAUGAAUGAUAGAUUUGUUGUGUAGGUUUAGAUAGUAGGCUAAAUCAGGGCAUUGAACAGAAAAACAUGUAAAAGUAUAGUACAGCCUCACAGUGAUUGCUGUGGAAGGCAUCAAAACUUAAAAGAAGAGACAUAUGUAGGUUUUAAAUAAAGCAGUGCAUUUACCUGAACCUACAAGGCUAUGAAAGAUGUGUCUUAAGUUAUCUUUGCACGAGUCAAUAUGGGUAGACAAUAUCAGCUUAACAAACAAGCAAGCACUUUAAAAUGUGUGCACAUGGGGUGCCCUCUCCUCAACAACAACAAAAAGAAAAAAGACAUGUAUUAAGAUAUAUUUAUAAUACAAUUUCAUUUGAUUUUAUGUUCUCAGUAUUUGUAUGUGCUGAUUUAAAAAAAAACUAUGUUUUAUGUCAACAAAGUGGAACUGCCUUUAUUAUAUCAUGGACGUAUUAAGGAAGCGAGGGGGAAUCAGUGUUUAGCUGCUAUUCCAUUCUAACUCAGUGGUAUCUAGCCACCAAAAAUGAUCAGAUUCCCCGAUUGAUUUCAGAUCAGCUAUGAACCACACAUCAUGAGCGGAAAAAAGGGUUCUUAUUUGGUCAAAAAGCAAUCAUAUCCUCUCCCAGCACUUGAAUAUAAAUUUGAUUCGGACUGUUACUAUUUUGACCCAUUUUGACCCAUAAGCCUUAGUCUUUACAAUUUGAUUGUAUGGAUUUAGAUUAGGUUGGUCUUCACGUUCCCAAGACCUGAUAGUUCAUGUGCUGAAGUGAAUCAUCUACCCAUUUUCCUCAGCAGUUCAAAGGAGAGUUCUACUGUGCAAAACAUAAAUGGUUGUUACAUAUUAACAAAUAACAAAAGUCACAUCUAUUCAGUGACAAUUAAGGAUUAGGUCACAAUGUAUGGCCUACUUACAUGUGUUACUAAUUGAUAGUUGUGUCGGUAGUGUGCUGUGAAAGUUUCGGAUAUGAAGAAGCUUGGUUUUUCUUUUUUUGCUUUAUAUUUAUCAUACCAUUUCUGCAGACGUGAAUGGGGAGUUAGAAUAAUAAAUGUUUGAUAAAGAUUUUCUUUUUCCUCUCAAAGAAAUGGUGAUACAAAGGUGUUUUGGUGUAUCUUUGGAUAAUGUAAUGUAUAACAUUAGCGUGUCCUAUUAUAGUCUCCUAGAGUAUUAUAAGACUCAAAACAAGAAAGCAAUUGUUCGGUAUUGUAGCACUUUCUUUAAUGUGUGUACUGUAUCAGUUUAUGUUCUUCAUGUAUGGUACCAUAUGAAUAAUUAUUAAUUGCCUUGUAAUUGUUUGUAAAAGGUUGCAAUGUAGGAUAUGUAUCUGAAGAAAAUCUGAAGUUUUUGAAGUUCGUGCAUGCCAACAGUUGGGUCCAAACAAAACAAAAAGAAGUUUUAACAUGGUGCUAUAUUAUACAAUAUAAAGGUGCUUAUAUGGACUCCAGCUGCAUGCAUGUUGAGUGAAAAAAGUAAAGUAGAGAAUAAACUUGAAGUUAGAUGUUGUGGUUAUACCACAAAUAAAUGAAAAAAAAAAAUACAAAAUGUCCUCCCUGAACACAAAGUGGCUUAGUGUAACUGUAAAUUGCAGACACACUGGCAAGUAGGGUCAAGACCUCAGAGCUGAUCAAGACAUUACCUACACUGUACACUUGUUUGCAGAGCUGUUUGCACUGGAACCAGGGGUGCGUUUGUUAUCACAGCACUUUCUAAAAUCGUCUUGUAUCUCUGGCCAAAACGGCGGUUUGUGUUCCUGGCCGGACUGACAUUCCCAGCCACUUGCUGACAACUUCAGAGCAGUCGUGAACGAGAGACCCCGCCCCACGCCACACCCCAAGCUCCCCUCCCAGCCAAAGGAAAAUAGAGAUCAGUCAAACAAUGCCUGUUUACAGUUACCCAGCCUCUGUGUGUAAACUCCAAAAGAUCAGUAGACAAUCUAAUGAAAUUAUACAACUUUUUUUUCACGCUUCUGAUUCAAAUGUUUUGUGUUUUUUAAAUAGUUUUUAUGUAUUCCACAGUGAAGAGCAAAGUCUGUCUUGAACUGAGUUAAGGGUGCAAGUGUAAAGGUUUUUAAAACAAAGGAAACGUGCAGAUAUGUUGGUUGUAUGUACCAUUGUUCAUUUUAUUUUACUGUUGAAUAAAAAUCUGAAAAAGUGCCUUGUUUUCCAUAAAUGUUGCACACUAGCCCCCCACACCUCUGUUAUACCCUAAACCUCAACAUCUGAGGUAGGUCUUUGUAUGACUUCAUAUGCUUUUCACACAAAAUCUGU